AUGGCGAAAACCUUCUCUCCCGUUACGCCAGUCAGCUGUAAUUUCACAGUCGAGUCAAAGUCAUCCAAUCUGAAGUCUAGUAGCAUCCGGGUCAAUGAAGUACCCGCUAGCUUCAGGAUCCUAAAGCAUAAGCCUGCUGCUACUGUGUUGCCUCCACUUACCGACGGCGUCCGCGUCGUUACGGCUGCGGAGUACAAGCAAGCGGCACUCUGCCUGGCAGAGGCUUUUGCCCAAGACGAUGUUGUAAUGUACUUUGUUGACGUGCCCGAUCGUGAGCACUGGACUGCCGAGCAGAAAUGGGCUCUGCAUGUUGAGAUACUCGAGUACAUUACAUAUGCUCACAUCCUCAAGGGACUGGUGACUACGGUCGGAGACUUUGAGGCUGUGGCGCUGUGGAUGCCACCCGGCCAGAACAUGGAUGACUACUUAACCAUAUUCCGCUCGGGUAUGUGGCGCCUCAACUACCGCCUCUCCGCCGAAGGCAAGCGACGUUUCUUUGACGAAUUCAUGCCGCUCCUCCACGACACAAUGCAUACUACGCUCGGUGAGCGAGAGCUCGAGGCUUGGUACCUCGUCUACAUUGGCACCAGGCCCAGUGGCCGUGGAAAGGGCCACGCUCGCAAGCUCAUUGAACAUGUGACCAAGGUCGCGGAUCGUGAGGGCAGGCCAUGCUACUUGGAGUCAAGUAAUGCGGCCAACCCUCCGAUCUACAGGAAGUUUGGGUUUGAGGUGACUAGGCAGAUCAACCUGCAGAGAGGAGGCAGGAACAUCCCGCUGGAUAUCAUGGUCAGAGAGCCAGCGGGUCUACGAGAGAAGAAGAAGGGCGGAUUGUAAGGUGGAAGUAUCGGCAUGGUAGUGCAAUGCUAGGGAAAGCACGAGUUCAACACGUGUGCUUCGGAGGUGGAUACAAAUUGCUUUACUCGUCGUUGUGGCAUCCUUCAACAGGACCAACGUAGCUAUAGGUCUAUGUUUUGUUUGUUAGAUGGUUGCUUUUUCACCAUGAAUGAUAAGACGGUUGCAUAGUUGGCAGCGGUGUCUAUUGGCUUUGAGCUGAUGCAGUGCAUUGUAGACUAAGUGAAGAAGCUGGCGAUAACCCAGGGUGGGACGGUCGAAUUGGUGUUUCUCAUACCAGUGUAAGCAAGUAGCGUUUCACGGCCGUGGGACAGCCUCAUGAAGUCGUGUAGAAUGAAACUGGAAGGCGGAUAGGAACCAAGCACGCUGUCACGC